UAAACAGUAAGUUGUAGUCUAGAACAGUAUGGGGUGCCGCUUUAAAAGGCGGAGUCACUGCCAAAUAACUCAACGGUCUUUCGGCUUUGGAGAAAUUCUACAGGGCGACGCUCAGGGCGUGUCGCGGUGCAUCACGUGAGCGGCGUUCCAAUCAUGUGAUUCUGGAAUAAUUGAGAAAAAAAUAUGGCAGACAGAGACAGAGAGACAACCAGUAUGGAAACCAGUAUUAACAACAGUUCGGCAGGCCAAGCGCUGGGCCCCAACAGCGCGACAGACACAGCGAUCUUCGGCCAGAUUCCGGGCUCUGAUCCCGGGACAGACGCAGACUUGUACAUGCCUGUCCCUAAAAAGCCAGGCACUAACAAUGAAAGCGGUGUGGAAACAGCAGAGGAGGCUGUUGAGCCGGCAGAGCCCGACGUCAAUGAGCUGUGCAGGGACAUGUUUGACAAGAUGGCUGUGUUCCUGCAGGGAGAGCUCACAGCUACUUGUGAAGACUACAAACUCGUGGAAAAUAUGAACAAACUGACCAGCCUGAAGUACAUGGAGAUGAAGGACAUCUCAAUAAACAUCAGCCGCAACCUCAAGGAUUUAAAUCAGAAGUAUGCAGGUCUGCAGCCGUACCUUGACCAGAUCAAUCAGAUAGAGGAGCAGGUAACAGCCCUUGAACAAGCAGCAUACAAACUGGACACCUACUCCAAAAAACUAGAGGCCAAGUUUAAGAAGUUAGAAAAACGUUGACGCUCUUCUGAUAACAGCUGUGAGGUUGAGAAGGCGACAGAUGAACUGAUUUGAUUGGUUGGCUUAAUCCUGAUGCUCUUGUCCAUGUGUCGCUCAGCACGCAUUGGAGCUUUUGACAUGUGGAAAACCAUACGACCUGGAUUAAGGAGGUGCCACCUUGAGAUGUUGCUGAUACUGAAAGCAAAAAAAAAAAAAAAAAAAUACUUUUAGAAACAUUUGGGAGACGUCCCAAUUCCAGACAACACUGUGGGGGAGCUCAUCUUGAGGUACUGUAACCAGGGUUUGUGGCAGCGUGACAUUCUGCAUCUGUGAACGAAGAUCGUGUGAGCGGCCAUUACCAUCAACGUUUCACUUUACCUCCUGGCUUUAAAAAGACAAGGGCUAAAGUUCAAAAUCCAUUCACUGUUGAAGUUACUGUGGAUCAAGAGAUAACAUAUUGUGGUUGUGGCAUUGCAAGCCAUGUUAACAGCCCAGCUAUGUAGAAGUAGACGGUACCCUUGUUUAAACCUGUGCUACAGACAAAAUGAAAACCUUUAUAAUUAGAUAUUUGCCAUUUAAAGUAUUCAAGAUUAAGUAUCAACAUUAUCAAUACCACUCUUAAAACACCUCCUUAAUUGAUUGCAAUACAGGGUUAAAUGCAGUGUCCCUGUAGGCAGCUACAGUACCUGGUAGACUCGUGGGCCAGUCUGUUAGAUUUGUUUCCAUCUGUUUUAAUAGCUUGGUAAGUAUCUUGUUUGCUGGUCCUGUGCACAGUUAUAUUAACCCUAGCAGUAGUGGCUCCAGUGUUUCCAGAUUCCCGAUUCCCCUGCCUUCUGCAUUCCAGGGCCACCUUCUUUAAACUCCUGUAUUGGAUUCAACACAAGUUAAUAGAAGCCAGUCAAAUGAACAAAGUGAAACAGCCCAAGCACUUCAGAAAGGAGACUGAUUAAGGGGUUGCUCAGAUCAGCUUAAGCCCUGAUAAGCCCCAGCUUGAAGUUUAUUAAAGCACUUUACAGCAUUGAGGAACCCCUCUAGAUUGCAUCAAUCAAUCGGGCAGCAGUGUGGAGUAGUGGUUAGGGCUCUGGACUCUUGACCGGAGGGUUGUGGGUUCAAUCCCAGGAGGGGGGACACUGCUGCUGUACCCUUGAGCAAGGUACUUUACCUUGAUUGCUCCAGUAAAAACCCAACUGUAUAAAUGGGUAAUUGUAUGUAAAUAUAAUGUGAUAUCUUGUAACAAUUGUAAGUCGCCCUGGAUAAGGGCGUCUGCCAAGAAAUAAAUAAUAAUAAUCAACCACCUUAACAUGGUUUUCCUGGGAUUAGACCCAAAAGUAAAUGCAAUCUAGGGCCAUUCUCUGUUACAGUAAAAUGCUAGUGGCUUAGCCCAGUGGAGUAUGGCUUGAUCAACUCAAGAGAUUAUGGGGGCAGUGCUGCUGAACGGUUAAACAAGGACCUACCUUCAUAUAUCGCUGCUUGAUUGAAAAGCUCUCCCAUUCUACCGAGUGACCCUUACACAGUGCGCCAUACGCAGGGCCUGUUUGAAUGGAGGUGCGCCACUGCCUGGCACAUGGGAGUUUGCAAAGCUUUGCAACUAUUACACAUGUUCAUCAACAAUGUUUGCGUUCCUGUCGACUUGUAAACCUGGAAAAAUGACACUAAGUGACACGAGUGGAUCGUUUGUAAAAGGCCAUCAAUUUUCUUAUUCGUAAUAGCAAAAGGAUGAAUGGUCGCACUCUCUUCUGUUGGUCAUCUUAUACACUUCAAUUUGGAAUGUAUUAUUUCAAAAGACAGCAUGUAGAUGAAAAGGUGCUGCUGCUUCUUGGUUCCUAAUUGCUUCAUGUGUUAAAUUUAAACUUGACUGCAGUCUGGCAUUGACAUUGGUUUGGUGGGAAACACAGUAUACCUACCAGCCACCAGAUGGCAGCAUCCCCCUAUUGAGUGUGUACACCACAGAGCUUCUGCAACGUUAUGUAUCGUUUUAUGUAGUAUAAAUAAGUGAUCUACAGUAUGUAUGUUGUAUGUAUUUUAGUAAAUAAGAGUCCUGAAUGUAGGUAAAACUAUUGAUUUUACCUUGAUUUUAAACACUGAGUUUACAGACUAUCACUAAUCUUGCCCUGUCCUUACCAAAGGUAACAUUAGGUAAUCUAAGAUUACUGCUUUCAACCUUGAAAUCAUCAUCAUCAUAAUAAUAAUAAUAAUAAUAAUAAUAGAAAAAUGUGAACUGAACUUACUUCAUAUGGAACUGAACACUCUCCAGACAUUCACUCUGAAAUGUGCUUCCAGUCCAGGAACUGUUUGUACCCUUCAGAGCUUAACACCACCCUCCGAUACGGCUGUCAGAGGGCUUUUCAGCGCAGUAACAUGGCAGAGUAACGAGAGAAAGGGGGGAAUGCAGCCUAAUUGUGGGGUAGUUUACCAAAUCACCACAGAAACAACUGAUACAGUUAAAAAAAAAAAGCAUAUCCAAUGCUUUAUAAUAUUACACUAGAAUUGGAUGAGGAAUGGGAUCUGUUGUGGCUGGCUCUUGGUGUGCUCCUGAUGCUAAUUUGGGCAGGCUGUUUUUACAGAGCCUCCUGUAACUCUAAAGAGCUCAGCCGGGUGGGAUUAGUAUCUGAUCUUGUGAUGAAGAUGUAAGAGAUUAGUAAGGGGCCUCACUGCUAAACACUGCUUAUGUGUUUUGACAGGAUCUGUGCCAGAGAACAGGUGGUUUCGUCUCCCAUUAUCACGUUUACUCUCUUGGCUUUAAUAGAAUCGGUUAUGCUACCUUAUUAUUCUUUGUGCAAUUCAAUUUUAUAAACCAAUAAUAAAACUGGAGAUCCAUUUGAGUGGAAAUUGAGUUUUAAUGGGAUCAGUGUGCACCAUCUCAGCUGUGGAUGUACAUAAUUAGGUUGGAAUUCAGUUUGGGUUGGAGGAGGUAAUGCAGAACCUCAAGGGACCUUCCCCCAUUUAAUGAACCAGUUGUUCUUUGUAGCACUACAGUUACAAUGUCUGUUUGGUCCAGUGCUUAGUGCAAGGAAUAUUUCCUAAAAUAAAAUAAAGUAGAAAAAUGUGACUCGUUGCAAAAAAUAUGUAGCUAGCUAGUUAGUAAGUUUAACUGACUGCUGUAAUACAUUUUCCUCCAAAUGCUUUUUAGUGCUAUAGCAGUUCUGUCCACAACAUGUCAGCAAAAAUUAUUUAUAUAUAUAUAAUUUUCCUGGCGUUGUUUUCAGGGAACAACAUAUAAGAGGCAGUAAUUCAAAUGAUCUAUCGACUAACUUAUUCUCUCUGCAAUUCACACCCCAUAAACAUCAUAUCCAAUAUUAAUAGUAUUUGAAAUGCGUAUUUAUUCAUGAUUAAUUCAAUGUUUGUAUCAGGGUCAAGUAUUACCAGCAAUGACAUAACAAUGGAUUUGGAACAAAGAUUGCACUGUUAUUCCACAAUGCAUUUUAUUAGAUUUUCUGUCAGAGCCACAUGUCCAGCACAGUUAGUUCAGUUCUGUUGCAUUUCAGUACAGUAUACUGCUAGUACACACUGGGCCAGGCAAGCUAUGCAAAACAAUGAUUCCCUUUUAAUUUAUUAUUGUGAGGUCAUGGAACAGGCUGCAUCCAUUCAAAGACAAGUCCUUUGUGUUCGUGGCAAGACCUACAAACAUUUUGCAUAACUAAUACUGCCUCCUUACAUGUUCUCAAUUAACAAACUCCCAAUCACAAAGACAGCACAGGGAGAGUAGAAUCGGGGUUGGUUGGUGGAAUUUUGAGUGGGUCCCUGGCACAUUAAUUAAUAAAAACAUAUGUCAACUCA